CUAGCCCAUACGAAUUGAUCAGGAAUUGGAACGACGGGUGGAUAUAAGCGCAUCCAAUAUGGAUUAGACCCGCCACAAAAGCUAUUGAGGGCAAUUUCUCCAUUGAAAAUUACGAACCCUAAGAGCUCUCCCCACUAUAAAUUUCUCCAAGGAGCUGUGCGCGUUUUCUGUUUUGCGGAAGGCGCAGAGCGAGGGCCGAGGGGCUGGGCUUGAAUUGCCAAUUACACAUUCCACCAAAUGGCGAGGAUCAUGGUUCAUGAACUCCGAACCAAGUCGAAGGCUGAGCUUUUGAACCCAAUGCAUUUCCCCACAAAUAAAGCAAGAACAUGGGGAUUCAGUAGUAUUGGGCUUGUAUUGAUGCUGAGUACCUUGUUCCCCUUGUGGUUUCUUCCCAUGGUCUUUUCUUGCCGGCUUGUUGAAGUUGGAGUUGUGUACGGAGGGCGUGAUUGGUUUGCUCCCCACUCAAAUUUGAGGCACGUGGGCUAAUUAGCUUGGGGGCUUCUUCGUUUGAUAAGCUCGUCUCAGUGAGUUGCUAUGCCAUUACCAUUGCCGUUGCAAGGUCUUGCACGUUGCUGCGUUGGAAGGGGAGUUUGCCAUUUUAAAAAGAGCGAAAGUGAACUCUUUGCUCGGAUCACAACGUGGAUUGGUUAAAGGUUUCAAUUAGAAAUCUUGAUUAGACACUUCUUUCUACAGGGCAUUUUCCAGCCAUGGAAACCACAGAGAAACCAGAAGAAACAGCACUGAUUGGAGCUCCAAAGAUGGCAGGUACAGUAAACUGGGGCACAGCCACUAUUAUUGGAGUAUUUGCUGGUAUGCUAUAUGGAGGCAGCAAGGAGGCAACUGCAUCUGUUAGCAAAGAUGCAGAGGUGAUGUUAAAGCUUGGGAGCACACCUGACAAGCGUGAGCAGUACCGGUUAAUGAGAGAUGCAAUGGAGAAAAGGUUCAUCCGAGUAACUCGUGGGUCAAUAGUUGGUGGGGUCCGCCUUGGAAUGUUUACUGCUGCUUUUUAUGGCUUACAGAAUCUGCUUGCUGAGAAACGAGGUGUACAUGAUGUUUUUAAUGUUGUUGGAGCUGGUUCAGCCACUGCUGCAGCAUUUGGCCUCAUCUUGCCAGGGUCCCUCCUUUGGCGUGCAAGGAAUGUGUUGAUGGGUUCAUUUUUGGGAGCAGCAUUUUGCUUCCCUCUUGGUUGGGUUCAUCUGAAGCUUGUGGAGAAAGCAAAUGAAGAGAACUUGGCUGCUUAUUCCACAUUGGAUGAAAAUGGAGAGGCAAAGAGUGGAGUCGGUGCUGCAAUCGAGAGGCUUGAAGGGAGCUUGAGUAAAUAAUAUGACAAUCUUAAGUGUUGAAGAUCAAACAUUAAUGCACUGUGGAAAGAAAAGCAAGCGUGGACAAGGAAGAAAGAGAAAACCGUUGAAACAAACUUGAUACAUCUUGUGUAUUUUUUUUUUUUAAUUUUUUCAACCAGAGUAGGGAAUUUCGUUCGAGUACAUACUACAUAGCCAUAAGAAAUUCAGGGACUAUCUACCACAUACGGGUUCUCGAGAUGGCACUCACAUGCUUGUUUAGCAAUACAAUGAGCCAAUUCAUUACAAUUAGAGAAAUAAAGGGAAUUACCGCAUUGGAGAUCCUUCUAAGAAUAAUCCUGCAGUCACCAAUGAUGGUUUUAAUUCGCUGAGAAGAGAGACGACUCCAACAGGGGUUUCUUGUGUUUCUAAGUUGGUAAUUGAAACCUGGUUCCCAUUUGAUGUAGGAACUAGGAACUUUUCUAAUUUCAAUUGUGCAAACAAAUCUUGUAGAUCUGUCGUUCUAUAUUUGUCAAAAUAAUAUUAUUACCUAACUGCAUAAUGUUCGUAACC